AUGUCAAAGCAAGCCUGCUCUGAGCUCGGUGGUGGACCUUCGGUCAAGGAACGCAUCCAGGCUCUAUACGAUCACCGCGACCGCUUCGGAAAGAUCGCCGAGUUUCCACAAGCUGGAGUCUACCUGACAGUACCAGAAGAUCUUGCUAGAGUUCGAGCAUACGUGGAAAGCGAGGUCUUCCGAUGUAGGAGAGCCGUCAACUGCUACCUGCAGAAGAGCGUACAGCCUGGGGAACCCUCCCCCACUGAGGCCACUCAUAGGGAGGUAAUGAUGCCUUACGUCGAGGCUAUACUACUUUUCGGACGUGUUGUCGAAACUUCCGAGAAAUUUACUUCGUCUUCGCCACCCUCGAAGAAAGCCAUGGACUUUUGGCGCGCCUGCAAUCGUGUUAAAGUGCCUGGUAUACGCGCAGCAAACGGAGAAAUAGCUUCACUGUUGUACGGCCAGCGCGGUCAACCUAUACCGUAUGAUAUGGCCACGGUGAAGGACGAAAACCUCUCGCCGAUGGCGCAAUUUAUCUGCGAUUGGGUCAUGGACCCCUUGGUCAAAUACAUCUCUGGACCUCCUAGGGACCUCUUUUCGAAACUACCGAUGUACAAGCGAAGGGUUCCGGUCGAGGGCAAAGACAGCAGUCGCCGGAUCUUCACCAAGAGUACAGUAGAAGGCGUUGCUAACGCAUGCGUCUACGUGUUGGCCAUACUGAUCUUGAUCGCCCCGAUCGCUACCUUCACCGUCGUCGGUGAACAGUCGCAAAGAAUUGUGAUCAUUCCGCUAUUUUGCCUGCUCCUGGCUGCAUCAGCACAGUUCAUGGGUACCAGCGCAACGCCUUCCUUCAUAAUGGUGAUCGCGUAA